GAAGAUAUGAGAAGAGUUCCCAAAGCAACAGGCACUCAGAACACAUAGAGAAGAUCACCCAGGAACACAGAGGCACAGAGACACGGCAGCUUUAAAGACAUAAAAACAACAACAGAGAGAUACGUUGCAUCGCGAAGGAUAAGAGAAGGAGAGAAUAAAAAAAUAAAAGAUGGCGAUCGGAAAGAGUCCCAGAAACGGUUCCGUCAGGUCUCCAAAGUACCUGGACAAGAGUUCUGGGUUCUACGGUCGCCUGGAUGAGCCCGAGAUGGGAGGAGAGGAGGAGGAGAGGGGGAGAGAGGAGGACUGGGGGGGAUCGUACCCAGCCACAGAGCUCUCUAAGGGGGGAGAGACGGACCAGGGAGAGCCUGGGGUGUUUGACUUCAACCAGGGAAUGAUGGGAGAUGACGACACCACUCUCCUCCGAAGGAAACCCAGCCGGCUCAGCUCCCGCUGGAGAAGAAGCUCCAGGAAGGCCAAACCCCAGGCGAUCUCCCCUAGGCAGGGGGACCAGAUUCUGGGUACGGAGAUGGAGGCCCCUGUCCUGGAGGUCACCGCGGUGGAAGUGAGAAGGAACCGCUGGGGGAGGAGCACCGGGAAGAAACAGGGGGCCGAGCCCCAGACGGUCUCCCCCAGGGAGGAGGGCCCGAUCCUGGGUAUGGAGAUGGAGACGCAGACCCCUGUCCUGGAGGUGGAGGUGAAGGUAGAGACUGAAGAAGGACAGAGGGAGAAAGAGAGGAGAACAGAAGAGGAGAGGACGCUGGUCCACUUUGCGAGCCGAGAAGAAGCGGAUGACCAGGUUCUGAUAAAGGACAAGAAGAGAGGGAGGGAAGAAGAGAAGGAGGAGGAGAUGAAGGGACAAGAGGAGAUGAAGGUGAUGAGGAAGAGAAGCGCGCUGAAGAACUACCGCAAGACUUUCGACCGAGCGUUCCGUCGAGGGUGGGAGAUCUUCGUCACUAACCUGUACAGCGUGACGCUGACACCUGACUCAUCACCACCACCACCAUCAAGGGAAAUGCACCAUUCCUCAGCAUUAGCAGAAUACAGAUAGGAUUCACAAACCUGUUCAUCUAAUCUGUAAACUGCAAUUGUUCCAAUCAGGUUAUGUAACGCCCAUAUUGUAAUUUGAGAUUGAGGCUGGCUUGGACAGAGUGUUCCGUUUGUGUUCUCAACGCAAAUGACCUGUGUUCACCUCAAUGUAUGGUUCAGUUGAUUAAUCAAUCAGUGAUAUUGAUCUAGUACAUACUGGUUUAUCAAUGAUCAAUAUGAACAGCACACGAUUAACACCAGGAAGUACACAAAGUUUAACUCAUUCUUAUUCUGAAUUCCAAAUAGCACACUAUUGUACAAGUGCACUAAAUAGGGAAUGGGUUUAAUACUUCCUCACAGGGUGAGGUUCAACCUCUCUGGAGGACCGUCUGUAUGGUGGUUUCAGUGUUGCGCAACCUGAGGGAUGUUUCACUAUCCAUGUACCUAUUGAACGUAGCCCAAGAUGAGACCUGAUAACGUAUGUUUCACUAUCCAUGUACCUAUUGAACGUAGCCCAAGAUGAGACCUGAUAACGUAUGUUUCACUAUCCAUGUGCCUAUUGAACGUAGCCCAAGAUGAGACCUGAUAACGUAUGUUUCACUAUCCAUGUGCCUAUUGAACGUAGCCCAAGAUGAGACCUGAUAACGUAUGUUUCACUAUCCAUGUGCCUAUUGAACGUAGCCCAAGAUGAGACCUGAUAACGUAUGUUUCACUAUCCAUGUGCCUAUUGAACGUAGCCCAAGACGAGACCUGAUAACGUAUGUUUCACUAUCCAUGUGCCUAUUGAACGUAGCCCAAGACGAGACCUGAUAACGUAUGUUUCACUAUCCAUGUGCCUAUUGAACGUAGCCCAAGACGAGACCUGAUAACGUAUGUUUCACUAUCCAUGUGCCUAUUGAACGUAGCCCAAGACGAGACCUGAUAACGUAUGUUUCACUAUCCAUGUGCCUAUUGAACGUAGCCCAAGACGAGACCUGAUAACGUAUGUUUCACUAUCCAUGUACCUAUUGAACGUAGCCCAAGAUGAGACCUGAUAACGUAUGUUUCACUAUCCAUGUGCCUAUUGAACGUAGCCCAAGACGAGACCUGAUAACGUAUGUUUCACUAUCCAUGUGCCUAUUGAACUUAGCCCAAGACGAGACCUGAUAACGUAUGUUUCACUAUCCAUGUGCCUAUUGAACGUAGCCCAAGACGAGACCUGAUAACGUAUGUUUCACUAUCCAUGUGCCUAUUGAACGUAGCCCAAGACGAGACCUGAUAACGUAUGUUUCACUAUCCAUGUGCCUAUUGAACGUAGCCCAAGACGAGACCUGAUAACGUAUGUUUCACUAUCCAUGUGCCUAUUGAACGUAGCCCAAGAUGAGACCUGAUAACGUAUGUUUCACUAUCCAUGUGCCUAUUGAACGUAGCCCAAGACGAGACCUGAUAACGUAUGUUUCACUAUCCAUGUGCCUAUUGAACGUAGCCCAAGACGAGACCUGAUAACGUAUGUUUCACUAUCCAUGUGCCUAUUGAACGUAGCCCAAGACGAGACCUGAUAACGUAUGUUUCACUAUCCAUGUGCCUAUUGAACGUAGCCCAAGACGAGACCUGAUAACGUAUGUUUCACUAUCCAUGUGCCUAUUGAACGUAGCCCAAGUGUGUUGUUUGUUUCAUAAAAGGAGAAUGUUUUCAUACCAUGAAAUUAACUAACUAUGGGGGACAUGAGGGUACGAAAUAACAGUCUCAGACUUUGGUCCUCUGACUUUGUCUAAAAGGAGGUUGCGCACACAAACACAUUUAAUACAUUAUUUAUUCAUAUUAAUUUAUUUACUAUAUGAUCACUUUUCACACUUUUCUGUGGAAUCUCUCUCAAUAAUAUCUUACCAAAGAGUUUAUUUAUUGUUAAUUAUUGGCUUAAAUGGCAACAUCCAAUCUCUCUCUUGCAGCAUUGAAGUCAAGCUCAGAAUCAUAUGAGAGCUAUACUGAGCUAGUGGAGGAAAAAAAUGUCAAUAUUGUAUGUGAAUGACUAAAUUGUUAUGAUAUUUGUUUAAAAAUCAAUGCUUUGAUUUACUUUUGCCAACUUGUAGCCUUUGUCCUAAAAUAAAAU